UCCUGUGGCUGUAUGUUUUCGUGAGAUUCAUUGUGUACAUGAUGCCUCCCUAGUAAAUAAUGUCCGACCCUCAGCACAUUGGCGAGAUGUUAUCCACAUCUACUGCUGUCCUUUUCCAGUCCUUCCUCUCCUCUCCUCACAUGUUUCGCACGCCGAGAAUGUUUCAAUGCAGUUCUCGCGCCUCCUCCUCAUCGUCGCGAUUCUGCUCGCCCCCGUAGCCCUGCUCGGCACCACAUGGCUCUACUUAUACCCCUUCUUCGACCAGAAUUGCAGCUUUCCCGCCCCACCUGAUGCGCACAUUGCCCCAUUCCGACUCCUGGCUUUAGGAGAUCCGCAGCUCGAGGGGGACUCGUCAUUACCUAAACCUGGCGCGCCUAUAUUCCCAUCUUUCAACCUCGCGAUCGAGGAAGUCAGCAAUGCGGUGCGCGCUGGCAAUUACACACAGGCUUGGGAAACUUUGAGGGAUCAAGUAAAAGAUGAGGGGCUUGCCCAGAAAUCGGCCCUCGAGGGUGUCAAGUGGGUCUGGGGCAAGAGAAAAUGGAUCGAUUUGUGGGGAAACGAUUGGUAUUUGGGGCAUAUCGUGAGGACACUGAGAUGGUGGACGGAGCCGAGCCAUGUCGCUGUCUUGGGAGAUUUGCUGGGCAGCCAGUGGAUCAAGAAUGAGGAGUUUGAGAGACGGCAGAGGCGAUACUGGGAUGUGGUUUUCAAAGGCAUGGAAAAGGUUCCCGAGUAUAUUAUGACGGGAGUAGAGACAGCCCAGACCCCGGAGAACGCAAAUGAAACCGAAGCGUCGAAAGAAGGCGAUAACGCUGAACAAGACCAAAAUGAAAAUGAUACCCAGGAAAACGAAGAAAAUUCUGAGAGGAGAUGGGGUGGCACAAGAGAAGUCCUUGGGGAAGACCCGCGCUGGAUGAACAGAGUUAUCAACAUCGCCGGCAACCACGAUAUUGGAUAUGCAGGCGACAUCGACGAAUCCAGAGUUGCGCGCUUCGAACGAGCUUUUGGACAAGUGAAUUGGGAUAUUGUCUUCACUCAUCCCCUCAACAACACCAAUACCACUUCCACCGCCUCCACAGAUCCACAGGUCGUCCCCGAGCUCCGCCUCGUAGUCCUCAACUCCAUGAACCUUGACACCCCCGUCUGGACGCCCUCGCUCCAAGCCGACAGUUACGAUUUCCUCAACCAUAUAGUCUCUACCUCGCGGCCCGUAACGUCCAAAACUCACACGACCCUCCUCCUCACACACAUCCCCUUUCACAAAGAACCAGGCACAUGCGUCGACUCACCCCUCUUCACCUACUUCGAAGGCGGCUCGGGUGUCAAAGAGCAAAACAUGCUCUCCGACUACGCAAGCCGCGUUGUCCUCGAAGGCAUCUUCGGUCUAAACAGCAACCCAUCUGCUGAAGGCAAGGGCUUUGGUCGUCAUGGCAUCGUACUCAACGGCCACGACCACGCCGGCUGCGAUGUCCUGCACUGGAUCGAGCAACCUGGGGCUACGCCGGCGUGCCCACACGAUGUUCCCCUCGCGCAGAUCGCGAUCCCGCAGUUCCCAGCUGCCCUCGACAUCGAAGCCCUAGCUGCGUCCUCAAACGAUACCACGCCUCCCCCUCCAUCGUCGAACCACACCACUGACGGCAUCCCACUGGAAGCACCCUCCGACCCUUCACAAGAUCCCCCUACCGAAAAUCACGACAAGGACAACAGCCCAGAAGAGGAACCUCCCAAAAACGAUCAAGACUCUAAACAAGAAGACCCAAUCUUCCAAUCCCUCCGCUACCCACCCCGCACUCCAUACACUACGUCUUCCCAAACAAACCAAUGCGUUCCGCUCGCCAGCGUUCCCCGCAUGCGCGAGAUCACGCUUCGAAGUAUGAUGGGCGAUUACGCGGGGUAUGCUGGUUUCCUGUCUGCCUGGUACGAUACUUCCGCUUCCUCUUCUUCUGAGGACGGAGAAGGUGAGGGUGAAGGAGAAUGGCGUUUCGCAUUCAACACUUGUGGGUUAGGUACGCAGCAUUGGUGGUGGGCGGUCCACAUCAUUGAUCUCAUUUGCGUUGUUUUUGGCAUCGUUGGCGGUGUUUUGAGCUUGGUGGUUCCAGUUCAAGAAAAUAAGGUGGUAGAAGGAAAAAAGAAGGAGAUCGUGCAGAACGGUGUCAAGGCCAGGGACAGCGGGGACAACAAGAAGAAGGCGUCAGCGUAA